AAAAAAAAAAAAAAAAAAAAAAAAAAAAAAAAAAAAAAAAAAAAAUGAUUUCCUAUCUAAAAACCCAAACCUCAGCAAAACUUCUCACCACAGUAGCCUCUGUUGCUGCUUCUGCAAUUCUUAUCCCAAAAUUUCUCUCCAUCCUUAAGUGUUCACCCCAUUUCUCUUCUCAACAAAGCAGUAUUGUUAUAGAGGAUGAUCAAGAGUAUGGCGCGCUUAACGAAGAAUUCCGCGCUGUUGAAAUCUAUUUAGGCACUAAAUUGUCCUCUUCCUUUAAAAGAUUAAGAGUCAUAAGGGAUAGGGAUAUGAAGAAACCAGUAUUUGCUUUGAACAUAAAUGAAGAAGUAACUGAUGUUUUUGAAAAUGUUCAAGUUAAGUGGAGAUUAGUUUUCAGACAUGUUGAAGCAUCUCAGUAUAGGAGAGAGUACUACAUAAGAUACUAUGAGUUAACUUUUGAAAAGAAAAAUGAAGAUAAAGUAUUGAAUUGUUAUUUGCCAUACAUUUACAAGCUAUCAAAAACUAUUAUAGAUGAAUGCAAGGAAAUAAGACUCUAUCAAGUAGAAUAUGAUUGUGGAGGUGUCUCUGAAUAUCCUUUUGAGUUCGAUCACCCCAUAACGUUCGAGACUCUUGCAAUCGAUUCGGAGAUUAAAGCAAUGGUGGCUAAUGAUUUGAAUAGGUUUAUUAAUGGUGAGGAAUGUUAUAGGAGUAAUGGAAAAGGAUGGAGACGUAGUUAUUUGUUAUAUGGUCCUCCUGGCACUGGCAAGUCGAGCUUGAUUGCAGCAAUGGCUAAUCAAUUGAAUUAUGAUAUAUACGACUUUGAUUUAUCAAAAUUGUUUGAACACAAUCCUGAAUUUUUGAGGUCACUAAUUUGUGAUAGCUCUAGUAAAUCUUUACUUGUGGUUGAAGAUAUUGAUUGUAGUAUCCAACAACAGAACCAAGAAUCGGAAGAUAAAUCAGCAAACAACGGUAAAACACUUGUGAAACUGAUGGAGCUCAUCGAUGAGGCUUGGUCAAACUGUGGUGGAGGGCAAGUUCUGGUGUUGACAACGAGUAACAAAGAGAUCAUUUCUGAAUUGUUGAAGCCAAGUAGUCUAAUUGAUAUGCAGAUUAACAUGUCAUAUUGCACAAUUACUGCAUUCAAUCAAUUAGUUUUUAACCAUUUCGGAAUUCGCCAUCACAUGAUCUACAAAGAGAUUGAAGAGCUCCUACAAAAGGUUGAAGUCAGCAUUGCAGAAGUAGCAGUAGAGCUCAUGAAGAGUCUUGAUGCUGAAGUUUCUCUCCAAGGCUUGGUCAAGUUUCUUCACUACAAGCUAGCUGAACAGGACAAGUACUAGUUUUUAGAGCAGGAUUUCAUUUUUCUUUUUUUAACUUUAUCCACAAAGUGUAACUUUUUUUUUUCCCCUAUAUUUUUAUAUUUGCAUAUAACAUGAAGUAAUGUUGAUAUUGUAUUUAUUUUUAACUAUAAUUCUUAAUAUAAAUUAUGUUUUUAUUUUC